AUGACAAGCGGGACUAUCAUCGGUGUAGGCAUCGGCGUCGCACUCCUCAUCAUCCUCGUCGUCGUCGCUCUCGUCUUUGUCCUCCUGCGCCGUCGUCGAGCUCGCCGCGUGCCGCCUUCUCAAGCGUGGGAAGCCAUGCCCCAGAACAAACGUGCUGACGACUUAGUGAGAUACGGUGAAUAUGGUACGCCUAGUCGCUACAACCCACAUUAUACGGUCUAUCAAGAGACCAUGAAGGCUGCUCAGAACGGCGCAAACGGACAACGACCGACAUAUGCGAGAGAGCCGUCGUCUUCACAUGAUCACUAUUCGCUGAGCACGAGUGAGACGAGCAUUCAAGCACCUCCGAUGGCGAGGGGAAAGGAGCACUACAGUGGGCGAAAGUAG